CAGCCCUAAUUUCACAACAAAAAAUGUUUUUCCUUCAAUUUCAAAAAAAGAAAUCCACGAAAUUCUCUUCAGACUAGUCACAGGAUGUUCCGCGGAAAAUUAUACGCCCCGGUAGUCGACGCUUUUUUUUUAAUGGGUUCAGUCAAUGCAAAAAUUUUUGUGGAGGCUGUUUUAUCAAAACAAAUCAAUUUUCCGUGAAAAAUCCCGCAAUAAAUGGCCCCACAGCCUGUUGUUACGGGGCUAUCGCCCAAGGAGGGUCCCCCUGGGACGAGAGUCACCAUCAGAGGAGAAUUCCUCGGUUCUAAGCCCAGUGAUUUAAUCGGACUCUCAAUUUGUGGAUGUGAUUGUCUGUUGUCAGCUGAAUGGAAGAGCCCUAAUAAAAUCAUCGCCCGGACAGGGCCAGCAAAGGGCAAAGGAGAUAUAAUUGUUAUGACUCAAUCUGGGGGCGUUGGGACGUCAACUGUCCAAUUCCGGGCGUAUCAUGAGACAAUAGGUCCAAUGAAGGAGUCUGCUGUGUGGAUUGAGGAAUCACCAAUGCAGAGUUUAGCCUGGGGACGAAGAUCCCUCGCUCCGAGUGGCUACACCCAGGAGGAUCCUCUGGGAUUAUCCACUGAGGGAAAUGAUAAGAAAUUGCCUGAAGAUUUGCGAGAUAUUUUCCCAGAAAAAUCAGGAGAUUUGUCACAGGAAAACUUCAGUCCUGGUUGGUUUCUCCUUGAGCACCAUCAUGCCACGUCAUUUGAGGAUCUUAAGGCUGGGCUGUCGUACCUGCGGCGGAAGGUUGAGAGUCAAAAGGAAGGGCAGCUGAGCUUCUUGAAAUCCAAUGCAGGAUCCGUGAUUGAUCAACUGGAUACUCUUGUUAGCCUUCGGGAGAAAUUCCAGCAGGAUGUGAAGACCGUUGGGAAGGAUCCAGUGGCUAAACUCGAUGCUUCCAUCCAUAAAUCCAUCACAGAGUCCCACAAUCUCUUCAACGAAGUUUUGACACGACGAGAGAAGGCAGAUGCCACUCGCCUGGCCUUGGCUGCUCUUUUUCGUCACAAAUUCCUCUUCUGCCUACCCAAUUCCGUGGUCAGGAGUGCUGAAAAGGAAGAAUAUGAUAUUGUCAUCAAUGACUACGCUCGUGCUAAGAAGCUUUUCGGGAAGUCUGACAUUCCCAUCUUCCGGAAGGUUGUCGAGGAAGUGGAUGAACGUAUUGUCACGGUACGCCGGGAGCUGCACAAGAAGAUCACAAAGAUGCCCCAGAGUGUGGAGCAGCAGAAGAAAUUCGUGAAAGCCCUCGUGAAUUUGGAAUCCCAGCAGGUGGGAACAAAUGUGGCGGAGAAGCUGAAAAUUGAGGAUCCCGCAUGGGAUGCCAUUGAGGCGCGUGCAAAGUACCUCGAGGAGACCUUCAAGCAAACCUUUGAGCAGCACAAAGGCAACCCCAAGCCACGUGAUCCCAAUGCUCCACCAAAUCGCGUGGCAUUCUGUGAGGAGAUCACGGAGAUUGCUGCUUGUCAAGUUCCUGAUCUCUGGCGCCUUGGGCAGGCCUACUUCACGGGUGAACUUCGUGGAAUUUACGAACCAAAACCCGGGAAUUUCAAACGAAUCAUCCUCACGGCAAUUGAGCAGAUGUGCUUCUACCUCCGUGCUGCCCUCCUGCCCACUUCAGUCCUCAAAUCCGGCUCUUCCGGAGGCAUUUCGUGGUCAUUCACAUCACAAAGCUCAAUGAAUCAAUUCCUCCAGUGGCUACCGAAUUGUUUGCGUUUCGUACGUAUCUGCUAUGCCAGCCUCAUCCGCCUAGACCUCCCAUCGGAAGUGCUGGACAUUGUGCAGAAGCUUAUCGAUGAGAUUCGUCUCAAUUGCCUGGCGACUAUCCUCAAAAAAGCCAUCGACCGCACGGGGAAUCUCGGGAAGAAGGAAACAUGGGCAAUGGAUGUGCCUGAAUUCCCAGGGGCAACGCUUCUACCAUCACUCCUCGAGGAGAUAAUCCGGGAGACGCUUGAGGAAUGCCAGAGCACCUGCUUGACGCCGGAAGUGCGUGAAAAUGAACUUCUCGAGGCACACAGUGAGGGCCAACGGGAGAUGUCGCAGCGACUCCGGGAGAUUCUUGAUGCAUUCUGUGGGGUUAUUGAGGAUUUAGCCCUCAAUAGGGAUGACGAGGAAAGCAGGCGUGGUCCAAUUAUUUCCCAGGUGAUUGGCUUCCCAACAUCUGCAGCCAUCAAUGGGGCUGUUGAUGAUAAAUUCAGCGUGAUUUCGUGGGAGCAGAAGAUCCUCUGUUGUCUGGCCAAUUGCUCUUACUGCAGUAAGAUCUUCUUCACUCACAUCGGGAACAUUUUUGGGCGCUUCGACUAUCCCAUCCCGAAGUUGGCUAUUGAAUCAUCCCGCACAACGGCCAAUACACUCUUCUCCACCCUCCUGGACAUGUACGUGGAGCACAAAAGUGACCCCCUGGUGGGAACAAUUGAGCCCUCAAUGUACAUCAGCCGCUUCCAGUGGGAUUCCGUUGUGCGUGUUGAACGUGUCCGGCCGUACGCCUACGAAUGCAUUGAUAAUCUCGCAGGUGUCUACUCAGAGAUCCUCAGCAUCUCCCCAUCACUCCUAAGGCCCAUCCUGGAGCCAAUUGUGCAAACUGUGGCUGAAGAACUCGCCCGGCUGAUGACGUGUGUGCAGAAAUUCAGUCCAGCUGGUGCUCUGCAGGCCCACGUGGAUAUUUCUCUCAUUAGAGAUGCCCUAAAGCUCUACAGCAAUGCGACGGCAAAGAGUCACUUUACAGAAGCCCUAGAGGUACUUCCUGCUCUCUCGGACAAGGAUAUUCCGAAAGCCGAAGAAGUCUUGCAUAAAGUUAAGCAGAACAUGAAACUCCAGCUUUUAUGCUUCUCAAUUGCAAAUCCAGUCUAGUAAAGGAAAGGGAUGAACUUCCAGGAAAGAUUUGUUGCAAUUUAUUGUAAGAACAUCCAUUUUUCUGAUUUUUCUUGCAAAUAUUUAUUAAAUAAAUUAGGAAGAAUUUCCGUAAAUAAA